UUCGCCCACCACUAGUGCCGAAGAAGAAGAGUAAUGUGUACAUUUUUAUGCCGUACUUGCAAUUUAAAUAAUAUUUAAAGUGUAAAGAGAGGCCCUAUUGGAUCGAAUUGCUAGUGGAAAGACUGCUGCCGCGCACGUGUGAGGUCUGCGCUCUACUGGAACCUCGAUUUCAGCCCACCAGAGUCCCCAAUUAAUCAUCGGACAUGGCACGCCCAAUUUUCCCGAACCAGCAGAAAAUUGCUGAAAAACUAAUCAUCUUGAACGACCGCGGCCUGGGUAUAUUAACGCGAAUAUACAACAUCAAAAAGGCAUGCGGUGACACCAAGUCCAAGCCAGGAUUCCUCUCCGAAAAGAGCCUGGAGUCCAGCAUAAAGUUCAUCGUGAAGAGAUUCCCCAACAUCGACGUCAAGGGACUGAACGCUAUUGUGAACAUAAAGGCGGAGAUAAUCAAGUCGCUUUCCCUCUACUAUCACACAUUCGUUGACCUAUUGGACUUUAAGGACAAUGUGUGCGAGCUGCUCACUACGAUGGACGCUUGUCAGAUCCACCUGGACAUCACGCUCAACUUCGAGCUGACCAAAAAUUACUUGGACCUGGUGGUUACCUACGUGUCUCUGAUGAUCGUCUUGUCCAGGGUGGAGGACCGAAAGGCAGUGCUGGGGCUGUACAAUGCCGCGUAUGAGCUUCAGAACAACCAGGCCGACACGGGUUUCCCUCGUCUGGGACAGAUGAUACUCGACUAUGAGGUUCCACUGAAGAAGCUUGCCGAAGAAUUCAUUCCCCACCAGCGGCUACUCGCGAACGCGCUCCGUUCGCUCACCUCCAUCUAUGCCCUGCGAAACCUUCCCGCCGACAAAUGGAGGGAGAUGCAGAAGCUGAGUCUCGUGGGCAAUCCUGCAAUUUUGCUGAAGGCUGUUCGCACGGAGACCAUGUCCUGCGAGUAUAUCUCCUUGGAGGCCAUGGAUCGGUGGAUAAUUUUCGGCCUGCUGCUGAACCAUCAAAUGCUGGGCCAGUAUCCAGAGGUGAACAAGAUAUGGAUCUCCGCCUUGGAGUCCAGCUGGGUGGUGGCCCUCUUUCGGGACGAGGUCUUGCAGAUCCACCAGUACAUUCAGUCCACGUUCGAUGGCAUCAAGGGCUACAGCAAGCGGAUCAGCGAGGUCAAGGAUGCUUACAACACAGCCGUUCAAAAGGCCGCUCAUAUGCACCGCGAGCGAAGAAAGUUCCUGCGUACGGCUUUGAAGGAGUUGGCCUUGAUUAUGACGGAUCAGCCUGGUCUGCUGGGUCCAAAGGCUAUAUUUAUUUUCAUCGGACUUUGCCUGGCUCGCGAUGAAAUUCUCUGGCUGCUCAGACACAACGACAAUCCGCCUCCAGUUAAGAACAAAGGUAAGAGCAACGAGGAUCUGGUGGAUCGACAGUUGCCUGAGCUGCUUUUUCACAUGGAAGAACUGCGAGCUUUGGUGCGGAAAUACAGCCAAGUGAUGCAGCGGUACUACGUGCAAUACUUGUCCGGGUUCGAUGCAACUGACUUGAACAUACGGAUGCAGAGCCUGCAGAUGUGCCCGGAAGACGAGAGCAUUAUCUUCAGCUCGCUUUACAACAUUGCUGCUAGCCUCACCGUAAAGCAAGUGGAGGACAACGAGCUUUUCUAUUUCCGACCAUUCCGCCUGGACUGGUUCCGACUUCAGACCUACAUGAGUGUGGGAAAGGCAGCCUUGAGGAUCACGGAGCACAUUGAACUGGCCCGCCUGCUGGACUCUAUGGUUUUCCACACCCGCGUGGUGGACAACUUGGACGAGAUUCUGGUGGAAACCUCGGAUCUGAGCAUAUUCUGCUUUUACAACAAAAUGUUCGACGACCAGUUCCACAUGUGCUUGGAGUUUCCCGCCCAGAACCGCUACAUCAUUGCCUUCCCGUUGAUAUGUAGCCACUUCCAGAACUGCACGCACGAAAUGUGCCCAGAGGAGCGCCACCACAUACGCGAGCGGUCCUUGAGCGUGGUAAACAUUUUCCUGGAGGAAAUGGCCAAGGAGGCCAAGAACAUCAUUACAACCAUAUGCGACGAACAGUGCACCAUGGCAGACGCCCUUUUGCCAAAACACUGUGCCAAAAUCUUGUCUGUACAGUCUGCCCGCAAGAAGAAGGACAAGUCCAAGUCGAAACACUUCGACGACAUCCGCAAACCGGGCGACGAGUCGUACCGGAAGACACGGGAGGACUUGACCACGAUGGACAAGCUGCACAUGGCGCUCACGGAGCUCUGCUUCGCCAUAAACUAUUGCCCCACGGUGAACGUCUGGGAGUUUGCAUUCGCCCCUCGAGAGUAUCUGUGUCAGAACUUGGAGCACCGAUUUUCGAGGGAUCUGGUGGGUAUGGUGAUGUUCAACCAAGAAACGAUGGAGAUAGCAAAGCCCUCAGAGUUGCUGGCCAGUGUACGGGCAUACAUGAACGUGCUCCAGACCGUGGAAAACUAUGUGCACAUCGACAUUACGAGGGUCUUCAACAACUGCCUGCUUCAGCAAACGCAAGCACUGGACUCGCAUGGCGAGAAGACAAUCGCAGCCCUGUACAACACCUGGUACAGCGAAGUCCUUCUGAGAAGAGUUUCAGCCGGCAACAUAGUCUUUUCCAUUAACCAGAAGGCCUUUGUGCCCAUCUCACCCGAAGGCUGGGUGCCGUUCAACCCCCAAGAGUUCUCCGACCUCAACGAGCUGCGCGCCUUGGCGGAACUGGUGGGGCCCUACGGCAUCAAGACUCUCAACGAAACUUUAAUGUGGCACAUAGCCAAUCAGGUGCAGGAGCUGAAGUCGCUGGUCGUCACCAACAAAGAAGUGCUCAUCACACUGCGAACUAGCUUCGACAAGCCGGAGGUGAUGAAGGAGCAGUUUAAGCGGCUCCAGGACGUUGACCGCGUUUUACAGCGCAUGACGAUUAUUGGUGUAAUCAUCUGCUUCCGCAACUUGGUCCAUGAGGCGCUGGUAGAUGUGUUGGACAAACGCAUACCAUUCCUGCUGAGCUCGGUGAAGGACUUUCAAGAGCACUUGCCCGGCGGAGACCAGAUUCGUGUCGCUUCAGAAAUGGCUUCGGCAGCAGGUCUGCUAUGCAAAGUUGAUCCCACGCUGGCCACCACCCUGAAGUCCAAAAAGCCAGAGUUUGACGAGGGCGAGCACCUCACUGCAUGCUUGCUAAUGGUCUUCGUAGCCGUCUCUAUACCAAAGCUGGCCCGGAACGAGAAUUCGUUCUACAGGGCCACUAUUGACGGCCAUUCGAACAACACUCAUUGCAUGGCGGCGGCCAUCAACAAUAUUUUUGGCGCACUCUUCACCAUUUGCGGGCAGAACGACAUGGAGGACCGAAUGAAGGAGUUUCUGGCCUUGGCCAGCUCUUCGCUGCUGCGCUUGGGCCAGGAGAGCGACAAGGAAGCCACACGCAACCGGGAGUCGAUCUACUUGCUGCUCGACGAGAUCGUCAAACAGUCGCCCUUCCUCACAAUGGACCUGCUCGAGUCCUGCUUCCCAUAUGUGCUGAUUCGGAAUGCCUACCACGGCGUCUACAAGCAAGAACAGAUCCUCGGGCUCGUCCUUUAAGCCUGUCUUGAUCAAUAGCGUGAGCACCCGCGCCCGAUUCCAAACUGCUUUCAUACAAUAGUUUACCCAACGGCCGACUGUCGACCAUUAUGCUAAUCUUAUUUACUUUAAACUGUUAAACAUACCCUAAUGUAUUCUAGACACUGCAUUUUUUUACUCGUAAAAUGUCGAAUAAAGUGCUUACGUAAUCUAAAAUGAUAA